UUUGACAGUUCAUUAUUGUAUUGUUGAAUGUUGAUAUUUUUUUCAGAUAUAUUUAUUAUUAUCCCAAGAUAAAUAAAUAAAAAACUUUAUCAUUGAUUAAUUAUUUAUAGUAAUUACACAAUGAAACAUUAAAAAAGUGUACAAUACAAAAAUUGUUGAGAUGGAGCUACAAGAACAUCCCAAUAGCGAUUCGGAUACGGUCUUUGCUGAUUCAGAACUACCUUCGGAGAACCUAGACCCCCUGGAUUCGGCCCUAAACGAACUAGGCAUGCUGGCUACCAGCACCAAUUCGAGAAAAAAAUACCUUGCGGAAAUCAAAACCCAAAACUACCUUAACAACAUGCUAACAACCAUCAAUACUCGAUACGUCAGCAAUGUAUCGAUAGGUUUCCGAGUGAAGCCCCAUGCACCUUCGAACAGGUAUAGACCCUACCAAACCCCUCUAAAAGAGCGCCACAGGACCAGAUCGGAAAACAACGACUCAGAACCAAGUGUCGCUCAGAAAAUCAUCGAUUCUAUAACGGCAUCGAUAGCUGAAAUGUCGCAGCUGAAAAAAGCCAAAUCAUUGGAGAGCAUUGUGGCCGAAGGGGGCGAGGAUAUGGAUUUGGGGAGUAUCAAGUUUGAGAGUCAUGGGGAGCUGGAACAAGUGUCCGAAGCUGUGCAAAAACUUCGAGUAGCCGAAUGAGAGUUUUGUGAUAAAUUUUAGUAUUAUUUAUUCAAGUGUAGCUUAAUAAUUUAUGAGUAAAAUUAUGUAUAUUUCAUGCAAGAUAAUUGGGUGUUUU